AUGGGAAAUACAAAGCUUCCCCGCGUCCUCGCCCUGCCUUCCUUUCGCAUCCCAGAUUAUCCGGAGGAAGCGCUGGCGUUGGAUGCGAGGCCGCUUGCUGUUGUGGAUGUAGGGGAAGAGGGAGGGCGGGAGAAGGAGAAGGAGAAGGAGGAGGAGGAGGAGGAGGAGGAGGAGGAGGAGGAGGAGGAGGAGGAGGAGGAGCAAAACCAAGAUCAACCCCCAUCCUCCACCACAAAAACAAGUCCAGUCACGCCGGCGAUUGGGGUGGCAAGUAUACUGUAUGCCUGGCAUCCCAUGGCCUUGGCCGCAUUUAUGGAUUUGGAUGCUUGGUUUAGUGUGACGUGGAGUUUGAUUCCGUCCGGUACUGCUAUAACCAACACGCUGACAUCUACUUGCCCUUCGACUCCGACUCCGACCUCGACAAGCACUUCAACACCCCGCCUGGAAAUCGGCCGCAUCGGCCCCAAAAUCACCUUUGGCACCCUCUCCCCCUGCGGCUCCACCUGGUCCCUCAUGCUCACCUAUGACAUGUCCACCUCGACAUCCACCUCGACAUCCACCUCGACAUCCACCUCGACAUCCACCCCGACAUCCACCCCGACAUCCACCCCGACAUCCACCCCCCACCCCCGCGGCACCUGGCUCCCCAACCCCCAAGAAAGCAUGCAAAACGAGCAGGACAUGACGGACGCCUCGGCCGUCAACGCCCUCGCACAAGCCUGGAUCGACGACUGUCUGGCACGGCGUGUGUGGGCGGCGGGCAAGGGGUGGAAGCAUGGGUUUUGGGUCGAGUACGGCGGGGUGAUUGAUGUUUGGGGGGAUGGGGUUCCCAUGGUGCCUGGGUGGUUGUACGAGGGUGUGGAUUUGGGGCGGUGUGCGUGGUGCAGGGUGAUUUCCUCUUGUCCUCUUUCUCCUGCGUCUGCGUCUGCGUCUGCAUCGCCCGCCCCCCUCCAACGCUGCGCUCGCUGCGGCACAGCAGCCUAUUGCUCGCGCACCUGCCAGGCGGCCGACUGGCCCGCCCACAAAUUCGUCUGUACAAUGGGGUUGCAGGAUCGGGGCCAGAUGCUGCAGAUGGCGGCGGCGAAGAGGGGCUUGUUGGGCUACGAUGAGGAGAGGAUGUUUGCGCGUGAGGGGGAGGGGGUGCAGAGUGUGAAUUGUCAUCUUAGAGAGGGGGUGGCGAAGAGGGUGAUGCGGAGGGGGGAGGGUGUGGAUGGGUAG